AGAUAGCGAGGAGAUCGACGCCUCUUCUCGUGGAUCGGACUCCACUCGCCUUAUCAAGCGAGCCCUGAUCUAGGCUUGAAGUCAGCAUCGUUGUUGCUGAGACGCUGUAGGGACAGGCCCAACAGGCUUAGGGUGCGGCUUCGAUACCCUGCCGCUCGCUAGAUUCUCCGUUUGGGGGAUCCGCGGAUUUGUUUCUUUCGGGGGCGUAGUACCAGAUUGCUGGGCACGAGAGCUCGUCGGAGAUGCAUGUCGACGUCAAUUGUCAUUCAUGGUAUUAAGAGUCGAGCAAAGCCAUACCGGGUGGUUGGACAUCAAUCUCUUCUCCAGCAAGACACUCACCACCCUCGCGUGGUCGGAAGUGUCUACCCGCCCUACAGAAGGACUUUUCACCUCCGGCAAUUGACCGACUGCACACUCACAAGACCAUUUGCACAUAGGACAAGAUGCCCUUCUCAUUUGCAUCGUUGGUAGCGGCGCCCGAAGUCAAUCCAAUCACGAGGAAGGCGCGAUCGGUUCCGUUCCUCAACCCUUUCAAUGUCUACGGACGUGUCUUCUUCUUCUCGUGGUUCGGUUUCAUGAUCGCCUUCCUGUCUUGGUACGCCUUCCCGCCGCUCCUCAGCGAUGUCAUUGCCGCAGAUAUCCACAUGUCUACCAAGCAAGUCAGUAACUCGAACAUCAUUGCCUUGGCCGCUACAUUGAUUGUUCGUUUGAUUGCUGGCCCUGCCUGUGAUCUUGUCGGACCUCGGAUCACUUUUGCCGGGUGUUUGCUCAUUGGUGCCAUCCCAACAUUCCUCUCCGGUACCGCAUACACUGUCAACGAGCUCUAUGCCCUUCGAUUUUUCAUUGGCAUCUUGGGUGGCAGCUUCGUGCCAUGUCAGGUCUGGACCACUGGUUUCUACGACAAGAACAUCGUCGGUACAGCCAACUCCCUCACAGCCGGUCUUGGUAAUGCUGGUGGCGGUAUCACCUACUUCGUCAUGCCUGCGAUCUACGAUUCACUUCGCCAUCGCGGCCUUCCCACGCACAAGGCAUGGCGUGUCUCUUUCGUGGUCCCCGGCAUCCUGAUCGUUGCCGUGGCUAUUGCGCUUCUUUUGCUUUGCCCUGACACCCCCUCUGGAAAGUGGAAGGAUCGUUUCCAAGCUGCCGAGAACAAUCUUCGUAUGCACGGCGUCCAGGGUGCGGUCGUUGACGUUCCGGGCUCGGUUACCGAAGAGAAGAAGCUCGACAACGUCCGCGGCACAGUCGGUGAUCACGAGGUCGCCAUGGGCGAGCAACAGAUGCUCGACACAGCGCGCGGCGAGGUUGUCCAGAAACCCACCUUCAAGGAGAUGUCGAAGGUCAUUUUCUCCCUCCAGACUCUCGUCACCGCUGGCUGCUACUUCUGCACUUUCGGCGCUGAGCUCUCCAUUAACAGCAUCUUGGGCAACUACUACCAUGCCAACUUCCCUAAGCUCUCCUUGCAAGGGAGGGGUAACUGGGCUGCCAUGUUUGGCCUCAUGAACGUAGUUUUCCGUCCUCUUGGCGGUGUCGUUUCCGACAUUGCCUACAGGGCUUCGGGCAACAAUCCUUGGGCGAAGAAGAUUUUACUCCACGGCUACAGCAUCAUCAUGGGAUGUGUGCUCGUUGCCAUCGGCGUGUCCAACCCGCACCAUCUCUACACACUUACCCUUCUCGUCGGUAUCUGCCUGGGUUUCUUCCUUGAGGGCGCUAAUGGUCACAACUUUUCAUUGGUACCGCACGUUCACCCGUACGCCAACGGUGUUGUCUCCGGUGUUACUGGUGCUUUCGGUAACCUUGGAGGUAUUGUCUUCGCCGUCAUCUUCCGCUAUCACAAGUCCUACGCUAAAUCUUUCUGGAUCAUCGGUCUCAUCACUAUUGGCAUCAACCUCGCGCUCUGCUGGAUCAAGCCGAUCCCUAAGGGCCAGAUUGGCGGCAGGUAAAUGGACUGAAUACUGGCGGUUAAGAUUAUGGCGGUUGAGCAGCUAUGUAUUACUGUGGAGCAGCGUGUUGGUACGUUUUGACUAGAUAUCCAAGUAUUGUGCAAUGUCCAUGACGAUCAAACGUUACACCAUUACUGUCUACAAAGAUCUUCUUGCACCUCGCCUACACUUCGCCAACA